CUGCUGCGCCCGCCGGAAGAGAUCCCGGCGCCGAGACCUGUCCGCGUCUCCCAGGCCCUUCCGCGUCUCCCAGGCCCUUCCGCGUCUCCCAGGCCCUUUCGCGUCUCCCAGGCCCUUCCGCGCCGCCCAGGCCCCUCCGCGCCGCCGAGACCCGACCCCAGCGCCCAGGCCCUUCCUCCCCGCCCGCCAUCGCGCACUCCGCCCGCCCGCCCGCCGCGCCAUGACGGACCGCUACACUAUCCACAGCCAGCUGGAACACCUGCAGUCCAAGUACAUCGGCACGGGGCACGCCGACACCACCAAGUGGGAGUGGCUGGUGAACCAGCACCGGGACUCGUACUGCUCCUACAUGGGCCACUUCGACCUGCUCAACUACUUCGCCAUCGCCGAGAACGAGAGCAAGGCGCGCGUCCGCUUCAACCUGAUGGAGAAGAUGCUGCAGCCCUGCGGGCCGCCCGCCGACAAGCCCGACGAGUCCUGACCUCCGUCCUCCUGGUCCCGGCCCUCUCUCCUGUGUGGUUCCCGCCAAGGACUGACCGGGAGAAGUCUCGCAAAAUGCCUGCUUCUGGACUCUGACUGUGCGGUCGUUCGCAUUUUCUCAAGUGGAAAAUAAUAAAGCUUACUGGGCAUUCCUAAUGUUUGGUUUUGUAGUCUCCUUGUAAGAGCUUUUUGUUCCCAAAGGAGUGCUGGUACUCGGUAUUUAGCGUUUCGUUGCAACCAUCCGAGGUGCGAGUCUCGGAUACUCCCACACAGCAUUUUCCUGGCAUGAUGGAUUGAUGCUUGCUUGCAAAACUCAGUUUUUAGGGGAGAGAGAGGAAGUUUGUUGGUACUCAAGGGGUUUGAUUUCUCGGUACCAUUAUUGUGUGUAAUGGUUUGUGGUAUAGCAUAAGUCAGUUCCUCUAGUACUUUAAAACUCCAAAUUGGUAUUUCUUUAAACACCGUUUUCUUGCUUCAUCUUUCUUGUACUUUAGAAUUUUUCAAACCUUGAUUCUUUUUGAUGCAACUUUGCUACAUUUUUUCCCCCUAAUGCUUUCUAGUAACCUAGCAUUUUAAUUUUUUCUGCAUUACAUCAAGCAAAGACAUUAAUACUGGGCUGGCCUGUGUUAAUAUGGAAUAAGAAUAUAAGGGUUAGUCCCUUUAGAAGUAAAACGGUUUGACAUGAUGCAGUCUUAGAUCAGAUUGCAUACUGAACUGAUGUUGAUUCAGAUUUGUCUUUUAAAAUAGGCAUUUUGUUCACUUACAGUUAAAAUAAAUUUUGAGUUCCAAUGGAUGGAAAGGCCUCAGACCAAAACUGUGAGAUAUGUUGCUUGGAGAAAUAAAAUGCUCUCAUUUCUGA